AUGACUCCAAUAUGGAGCUCAAAGAUUCAACAGGAUCUUGAAUCUGCCGUCUAUAAGUAUUACAGACCAGACCCAGAUCCGGAGGACGAAGACACCUGGGAUGUAUCAAUGGUUGCAGAGUAUGCACCCGAAAUUUUCAAUCAUCUCCGAGAUGUGGAGUCAAAGUACAUGCCGAAUGCGUACUACAUUCCUCGUGUUCAAACCGAUAUUACUUGGGAAAACAGGUCUACUUUAAUCAACUGGAUAGUGCAGGUGCACUCACGGUUUAACCUACUUCCAGAAACAUUAUAUCUAACUGUCAAUCUCAUCGACAGGUUCCUGAGUAAGUGUGCUAUCUCCCUCAGCAAGUUCCAAUUAUGUGGGGCAGUAGCACUUUUUAUCGCAGCAAAGUACGAGGAGAUUAACUGCCCAACGGUGAAACAGAUGGCAUACAUGGUUUCGAAUGAAUAUUCGACGGGAGAACUAUUAAAAGCGGAAAAAUUUAUGAUUACCAAAUUGGAUUUUGAUAUGGGAUUUCCUGGACCAAUGUCAUUUCUCAGAAGAACUUCGAAAGCUGACAAUUAUGACUCGGAAAUAAGAACCUUGGCCAAGUAUUUCCUGGAGAUAACUAUAAUGGAUUCCAGGUUUGUAGCCGCUCCUCCUAGUUGGCUGGCUGCCGGUGCCAGUUACCUUUCGCUGAAGAUGCUUCACCAGGGAAAGUGGACGGAUGCGCAUGCAUAUUAUAGUGGCUAUUCCGAGGAACAAUUGAUACCUAUUGCAGAAGUACUUGCUUACAAUGCUCUAAGAGUUGUAACGAGACCUUCUAUGGUCAGAAUUGGAGUCAUUACCUCCUUUAAAUUGACUGCUUCCAGAGCUAUGGCUUCACAUGGUCAGCGCCUCUUCUCUAUCAGUUCGAUCAGAGCCAAUAAGCCAUCUGAAGAUCUUUCCAAGGUGUUGCACUCGGAAUUGGAUUUCGAAAAAAAAGAUAGCUUUGGAUUGGACGAGACAUACAAGACUUACCUUCAACAGUCAGGCUUUGAAAUUGUCAACAGAGAUAAGAAGGUUUUAGCUGAACUUGUCAAGAAGAACGGUUUGGAGACCAUUCACGUGUACUUUGAUGUGUUGAGAAUCACCCAGGCCUCUUAUGACUUGAGACAAUUCCAAGAGGAGAUGCAGAACCAGGAGGAUCUUAUGAACAGUCCGGAGUUCGAGGACUUGGCCUUCAGCGACGUCAAUGUUGUCAUUGAGAAGAAUGGAAAGGCUGUUGGCUUUGACCUAUCGUUAUCCCUGGUUAACAAUGAUUUUGCCGUCACUGCUAUAACCAACUUCGAGAGUUCCGAAGUGGCACUUAGUGACUCUCCCGAAGCUGCCAACGCCAGAGACCUUGCAUAUUCUGGUCCAGCUUUCAAUAAUUUGGCGGAUGAGUUACAAGAGUCUAUUGAACAGUUCCUGGUCUCUAGAGGUAUUGAUAACCAAUUGGGUGAAUUCAUUCUUGCCUACGCCAGCGUCAAAGAGAACACCGAGUACAUCUCGUGGCUCAAAGACAUGGAAGAUUUUUUCCUUUAA